AAAAAAAUGCUAAUCACGAUAAAAAAGAUAUGUUAAAUUUAAAACUAAAAACUACACUAAUAUAAUUUGACGAAAAUAUAAACUUUAAGCGCGCCGUCAAAAAUUUCAAACCGCAUGUGCCAUGAGGUGUGGUGAUGAACACUUGUUGAUAUGGGACGCAGUGUUUUUUGUGUUUUCGGUAUAAAUUGUCGCGUCGUUUUUUUUACAUUUCCUUACUACUUAAUGUCGUUUUGAGUGUUCUCCGUCGGUUGUAAAACGACUCGAACGACAUAUUUAAAACACGUUACCGUAAGGAAAAAAAAAACGGAAACGCCGUCGUUGCAGCCAAAGUAGCUGCCGGGGAAAGAGAUCUCGAUCCGAUAGGGGUCUGUGAAAAACCAGAGAUUGGGAAGCAGAACAGCUCCCAAUCUCAAGAAAUGGCGACCCUUCAAUUACUCUUCUUCUUUCUCUUUCCUGCCUUUCCUUCUCCCCUCUUCGCUCUCUCCGAAACGACUACGAUUUCAGAGAACGACAGCUUCCGAGAUUUGCAGCAGAUUAAGCUCAACAUGGCUCACUUAGAGUCAAGACAUGAGGAAAUAAUACGCAUUCUGAAUGAAAGAGGAUUUCACAUUGAAGAACAGGAAAAACUUGUGGAGCAACUGUCUCAUAAGAUCCAGCUUCUGCAGUCUACUGUCUCAAAUUUUAAGAGCAAUGAAAGGAUUAAUGCACUGGAAGAAAGGAUUAAGGCAUUGGAAGAAGAGGUGUCACAACUCUGGGCUUCUUCAAGAAACAACAACUUUGAUAUUCAUGUUUUAAAGUCUAAAGCAUAUGAGGCUGAGGAAAAAUUGAAAAAGGUUGCCUCUAAAGCUGAGAAGAUGGCUGACAUUGUUACAGAACAAUGGAUUCAAAUUCAGCAACUUGAGCAGGCUCUUCAUAUUGCUGAAAGGCGGACUUUGAAAGCUAGGAGGAGCUUAAUUUACUCUAGAUGCUCAUUCUUAAAGUUCAUAAACAAAGUAUUGGGCGGUCAUCUUGAAAAUGGGUUAGAAAUACUGGACCCGUAUAUACUUCAGUCUAAAAGAGUCUUUGCAGUGGCUAAAGAAUAUCACCAUGAGUUACAACGCUUCAUCAAACGCGAAAUGGAGAAGAACAAAUUUACAGCGGCUCUUGCCAACUGGGAAUUAGUGUUUUUCAUGGCUUCUGCUCUAAUUACUUUCCCAAUAUUUAGUGCUUGGGUACUACUCUCGUCACAGCUGCGCUAGCUUGGAUUAUUUGAAAAGGUUUAAAUAGGGAUACUGGCUGAUGUAAUUGGAUGCUUACUGGUUGAAAAUAAGGAUCUCAACCACUGUUAUAGGUUUUACUUAUUCAAGUUUGACUUAGUGUACUUCUUUUACAAUAUAUGAAUCUACUAGAAUCUUCACUAGUUAAAAUUUUACAUGUAAUAGAGUAGAAGCUAGCUAAAUAUAUCGUGCAUGUAUUAGUUUUGUUUGCCCCUU